AUGCAAGCCCCAGUGGUGGUAAUGAACACCAAUGCUGGUGACAGACAGGUUGGUCGUAAAGCACAGCUCUCGAACAUCGCCGCUGCUAAGACUGUCGCCGAUAUCAUUCGAUCAUGCCUUGGCCCCAAGGCCAUGUUGAAGAUGCUGCUGGAUCCGAUGGGUGGUAUCGUCUUGACCAACGAUGGGCAUGCUAUUUUGCGAGAAAUUGAAGUGUCACACCCGGCCGCGAAGAGUAUGAUUGAGCUUAGUCGUACUCAGGAUGAGGAAGUUGGAGAUGGAACUACAACUGUUAUUAUCUUGGCCGGUGAAAUGCUUGCCCAGGCCAUCCCCCAGCUCGAACGCAACAUCCACCCGGUCGUCAUCAUCUCGGCUUUCAAGCGUGCUUUGGCAGAUGCCCUUGCUAUCGUCGAGGAGGUUUCAACGCCCGUCGAUAUUCACAACGAUGACGAGAUGUAUAAGCUGAUCCAGUCGUCCAUCGGGACGAAGUUCGUGUCGAGAUGGUCGAAACUCAUGUGUGACUUGGCUCUCAAGGCGGUCCGAACGGUCUCCUUUGAUGCUGGUGGUGGAAAGCAAGAGGUCGACAUCAAGCGCUAUGCCCGUAUUGAGAAGAUCCCCGGUGGUCAGAUUGAGGACAGCGAGGUCAUUGACGGUGUGAUGGUCAACAAGGAUAUCACGCAUCCCAAGAUGCGGAGAAGAAUAGAGAACCCCCGAAUCGUCCUCCUGGACUGCCCACUGGAGUAUAAGAAGGGAGAGUCCCAAACAAACAUUGAACUCACGAAGGAGGAGGACUGGAACCGGAUGCUGCAGAUCGAGGAGGAGCAGGUUAAGCACAUGUGUGAUGCUGUCUUGGCUUUGAAGCCCGACGUUGUCAUCACCGAGAAGGGUGUUUCCGACCUCGCCCAGCACUUCUUCGCCAGGGCCAAUAUCACAGCCCUCCGCCGUGUGAGAAAGACUGACAACAACCGUAUUGCCAGAGCCACUGGCGCAACAAUUGUGAACCGCGUGGACGACCUCCAAGAGUCCGACAUCGGUACCCAGUGUGGCCUGUUCGAGAUCGAGAAGAUUGGUGACGAAUACUUCACUUUCAUUAGAAAAUGCCAAACACCCAAGGCCUGCACCAUCCUUCUGCGGGGUCCCUCCAAGGACAUCCUUAACGAGGUUGAGCGUAACCUGCAGGACGCCAUGUCCGUUGCCAGGAACGUCAUCUUCCACCCUCGCCUGUCCCCUGGUGGUGGUGCUUUGGAGAUGGCUGUUUCCGUUAAGCUGGGCCAGUUGGCCAAGUCGAUUGAGGGUGUUCAGCAGUGGCCAUACAAGGCCGUGGCUGACGCCAUGGAGGUUAUUCCCCGGACAUUGGCCCAAAACGCUGGUGCUAGCCCCAUCCGUGUUCUGACCCGUAUGAGGGCCAAGCACGUCGAGGGCCAGGUGAACUGGGGUCUUGACGGUGAAUCGGGUAACUUGGUGGACAUGCAGGAAUACGGUGUCUGGGAACCUGAGGCUGUUAAGAUGCAGAGUAUCAAGACGGCUGUCGAGUCUGCAUGCCUACUCCUCCGUGUUGAUGAUAUUUGCAGCGGCAAGUCCGCACAGCAAGCGGGUGUUGGUGUUGGUGGUGGUGACGAUUAA